UAUCCAGGUCGUGCAGAGCCUCAGCAUUCACCGUUCUACGAUUUUUCUUACGAACAUUCAGAGCGCUUGCUGACCAUGUCUGGAAGAGGAAAGACUAGCGUGAAGGCCCGCGCCAAGGCGAAGACCCGCAGCUCCCGCGCCGGGCUGCAGUUCCCCGUGGGCCGUGUUCACCGUCUCCUCCGCAAAGGUAACUACGCCGAGAGAGUGGGCGCCGGGGCCCCCGUCUACCUGGCCGCUGUCCUCGAAUACCUCACCGCUGAGAUCCUGGAGCUGGCGGGCAACGCCGCCAGGGACAACAAGAAGACCCGCAUCAUCCCCCGCCACCUCCAGCUGGCCGUGCGCAACGACGAGGAGCUCAACAAGCUUCUUGGCGGAGUGACCAUCGCGCAGGGUGGAGUCCUCCCCAACAUCCAGGCUGUCCUGCUGCCCAAGAAGACCGGCCAGUCCGCACCGAGCUCCGGCAAGGGGGGGAAGAAGGCCUCCUCUCAGUCUCAAGAGUAUUAGCCGGCUGGCUAGUAGCUCACAACCCAAAGGCCCUUUUAAGGGCCACCCACUCCCCGCUGAAAGAGCAAUCUUCCUCUGACUUUCCAUGUGCCACUCUAUAACUUUCUUGACCUGACGUUUGUUUUGUAUAUAGAAGAAAUGCCGAACAUCAGCCAGUUACACGUUCAUCUGGUUCAUGCAUCGAACUGCUCAGUGUUCCUGAAACCACAAGACACCGUUUUAAUUCGUUUUGUUGAAAAAGGUGGCGUCCAUGGCUGGCUGAACACCACAGUAUGUAGCAGGCCCUUAACUACUAGCCAGAGUUUUGAAGGGAAUUCCUUCACUGGCCAUGUGCACUGUGGCCUCAUGGGCCAAAAGCCUGCAGCCAUUCUUGCUGCCCCACUCUGGUUCUUUGUUGCAUGACUUUACAGAUUUCUUCGAGCUCAAUUCGCAUCUCAUUUUCAAGAAAUAAAAGUGCUAACCUAAACUGUUUAAAGGUUGUUUUUGUGGCCUUAUAAGCCCCUCUUUAAAAUGAGUAAAUCUAAUUCUGCUUCUCU